AUGGCAUAUAAACUCUGUGGAUUAGAGUAUCGUGCUUUAUGGCGCGAUAUGGCUAAGGAACAUCAAAAGGUUGUGUCGACUCUGAUCGAUGCAUCUAAGUCAACUGGCCGGGGAUAUGAUUGCCUGUUCAACAAAGCUAUGGAACAAAUGGCCACCUUCCUCGAGCUGUUUGCUACUAGAGCAGCUCCCUUCUCAACAAUUGAGGCAACCCCCUUCUCAGGAAUCGACAACCACGUGCAGUUCGAGCUAUUGAUGGGCAACUUUGGCGCCGUGAUAGAUACAGUAAGUAUUUUUUACGACCAGUUUGACUGUGAGCCGCGGUCAGAGGCCCUCAAGCUCGAGCGAGAUGAAAAACGGAUGGCCACCUUCUUCUGCUUUGAGAAGAACGAGCGUCAACCACCUCUGGGUGUGUCGGAAGCCUGUGGGAAGGUUUUGGAGGAGGCUAUUUCCUGGAUGACCGACUAUGAAGCAUAUGCGAAGCAAUAA